AUGGGGAACAUCUUCGGGAAUUUGCUGAAGAGCCUUAUAGGAAAGAAGGAGAUGAGGAUCUUGAUGGUUGGCCUUGAUGCUGCAGGAAAAACUACGAUCCUCUACAAGCUUAAACUGGGGGAAAUAGUCACCACAAUCCCAACCAUUGGUCUAAUCUUCGUGGUGGACAGUAAUGACAGAGAGCGUGUGAAUGAAGCACGAGAAGAGCUGAUGAGGAUGCUGGCAGAGGAUGAACUGAGGGAUGCAGUGCUCCUCGUGUUCGCCAAUAAGCAGGACUUACCGAACGCCAUGAACGCCGCCGAGAUCACAGACAAGUUGGGCUUACACUCCCUGCGCCACCGCAACUGGUACAUCCAGGCCACCUGCGCCACCAGCGGCGACGGCCUCUAUGAGGGCCUUGAUUGGCUGGCAAAUCAACUCAAGAACAAGAAAUAAGA